GUUUGUUAAAUUGGUACAAACAUAAUAACGAAUUUUGAAUUGUUCGUCACAUUUUUUCUUUAAAUUCAUUUCAUUUCUAUAAUAAUUUAAUAAUCAUUUUAAAAAAAAACGUUUGAAAAAUUUCUUUUAUAAGUCUUAUACAAUGUCGAUUGAUGAUUCUCGAUUGAAUAUCAAUACAACAGAACAAAACAAAACUUUAGAGAAAUCAACCGUUGGAAAUCGCAAAAAAAAUCUAACUGACUAUUUCGCAACAAGAACUAAUGAUCCAAAUAAGAAAAUGGUUUCUAAGAUGAUCCAAGUAAGCUUAGGUGUUUGUAUGUCUGAUGAUGAUUUCUGUGUAGAUUUACCAUCAGAAAAAUACUGGAACUUAGUCGCUGAGAAGAAACGGAUAGAUUUGAAAGAUGCUCUAGAUGAAAAUGAGAGAUUACAUAAAAUUAAGCAGGCCUUAUUGGAAAAAAACCUUCAUUACAAACAGAUGCUAGAAGAAGCUAACAGUUUCAUUGAUGUGUUUAAAGAAGUUGUGCAGGAUGCCGAUGACACAGGUAUAGAUGUAGCAGACUUGAAUGAGUCAAGUGAUUAAGAAAGACUGAAUAUUAUGUAUAAGUGUGUGUAACAAGUUGUGCUUCCCAAUGGUGGUGGCGUCUUACUCUGUAUCUGUUUCCCAAAGAUAAACUUACUAUUUUUGAUAUGGCUAAUCCAAUCUACAAUUUUUAUUUACUUAAGUACUAUUAAUAGAUUGAUACUAAAUAUUUUUUUGAGUAUUAAAGAAAGCUAUAUGACAACAAUAUUUCAGUUGAGUCUGAGAAUCUAGGAAUACUGAAAAUAUUGUAUUAAAGAUAGUGCCAUUGUCAUUCAGAACCAAAUUUAUCAUGUAAUCAUAUCAAUGUUUGACAUCUUAAUAAAUAAACUGAAUACUUCAAGUUCACGAUCACAUAUUUGAAAUUCUAAUAUUACUGAUUUGGAAAAUAGAUAUUAUUUUUAAAUCAAGUCUACAUUAAGUAUAAAUUCACUUAAAUAUAAUAUAGAAAUAUUUUUAUGUGUUACUAAAAUUUGGUAAUUUCGUAAUAUCACAAUUUUUUUAAGAUACCAUUUUUUAAUUAUAUUACUUGAAUAA